CUGUGAAAUCUGGGGAUGGCAAAGAGGCACCUCUAGUGAAAUAUUCUAAGAGGUGUCAGGCUCUGCUGAGUGCUAAAUUAGAGAAAGCUGUUACUUAUAUAACUUCCUGUAAUUGCCCGGCAGUAGCUGCAGCUGAGGACAGCCGCCCUCUCUCGGUCUCUGCUGAGCGGAGGCUACAUGGCCCUUCCUCCUUGCAGUUGUUUCACCUUCUACCUUGCGUGGAGUCAGACUUUUGCACCGAAUCUGAGAUGCCAUUUUAAACAGAAGACUCCAUUCUCUUGAAGAUGGGAAAUUCUUACGCUGGACAGCUGAAGACGACACGCUUUGAAGAGGUCUUGCACAAUUCCAUCGAGGCAUCCCUGCGGUCCAACAACCUGGUGCCCAGGCCCAUCUUUUCCCAGCUGUACCUGGAAGCUGAGCAGCAGCUUGCCGCUCUAGAAGGUGGUAGCCGAGUGGACAAUGAGGAAGAGGAAGAAGAGGGAGAAGGAGGACUGGAAACAAACAGCCCCCCAAACCCUUUCCAGCUGCACCCUCCGCCUGAAGGAUGCUGCACCACAGAUGGGUUCUGUCAGGCCGGGAAGGACCUGCGCCUCGUCUCCAUUUCCAACGAGCCCAUUGACGUCCCUGCGGGCUUUCUCCUCGUGGGGGCCAAGUCCCCCAGCCUACCGGACCAUCUCCUGGUGUGCGCCGUUGACAAGAGGUUCUUGCCGGAUGACAAUGGCCACAAUGCUCUUCUUGGUUUCUCUGGGAAUUGUGUUGGCUGUGGAAAGAAAGGCUUCUGUUACUUCACAGAAUUCUCCAAUCAUAUAAAUCUGAAACUGACCACUCAACCCAAGAAGCAGAAACACUUGAAGUAUUACCUGGUCCGUAACGCACAAGGGACUCUCACCAAAGGACCUUUAAUCUGUUGGAAAGGCUCAGAGUUUAGAAGCCGGCAGAUCCCCACCAGUACUUGUUCUGGUUCCUUCUUCCCGGCCCUGGAGAGCACGGCUGCCUUCCCCAGCGAGUCCAUUCCCGGGACGAACCCCAGCAUCCUGACGGGAGCUCAGCAGGCAGGACCAGCUUCUGAUCACUCCUCACUAAGCGCAACAGUGGGUCCGGCUGUUUUCAACGGCAAAGAUUCCCCAAAGUGCCAACAGCUGGCAAAGAAUAACCUGUUGGCCUUGCCGCGACCAUCGGCUUUAGGUAUCUUGUCAAACUCCGGGCCCCCCAAAAAACGCCACAAAGGAUGGUCUCCAGAAUCUCCAUCAGCUCCAGACGGUGGCUACCCCCAAAGUGGUGGGAACAGAGCUAAGUAUGAGAGCACAGGCGUGUCCUGCGUGCCCCAGGUUGGCUUGGUGGGACCAGCUUCAGUCACCUUCCCAGUGGUGGCCUCUGGAGAACCAGUGUCUGUUCCUGACAACUUGCUGAAAAUAUGCAAGGCCAAGCCGGUGAUAUUUAAAGGCCACGGGAACUUCCCUUACCUGUGUGGGAACUUGAAUGACGUCGUGGUCAGCCCCCUCCUGUACACGUGCUACCAGAAUUCCCAGUCUGUCUCGCGGGCAUACGAGCAGUACGGCGCCUCUGCCAUCCAGCCCAUCUCUGAGGAGAUGCAGCUCCUGCUGACUGUGUACUACCUGGUCCAGCUGGCCGCGGACCAGGUGCCCUUGAUGGAGGACCUGGAGCAGAUCUUCCUGCGCUCUUGGCGCGAGUCGCACCUGACCGAGAUCCGGCAGUACCAGCAGGCGCCGCCGCAGCCCUUCCCACCCGCGCCCAGCGCCGCGGCACCCGUGACCUCCGCGCAGCUGCCCUGGCUGGCCAGCCUGGCCGCCAGCUCCUGCAACGACAGCGUGCACGUCAUCGAGUGUGCCUACUCCCUGGCCGAGGGCCUCUCCGAGAUGUUCCGGCUGCUGGUCGAGGGCAAGCUCGCCAAGACCAACUACGUGGUCAUCAUCUGUGCCUGCCGCAGCGCGGCCAUCGACUCCUGCAUCGCCGUCACUGGAAAAUACCAAGCCCGGAUUCUUUCCGAGAGCCUUCUCACCCCAGCGGAGUACCAGAAGGAAGUCAAUUACGAGCUGGUUACAGGGAAGGUGGACUCGCUGGGGGCCUUCUUUAGCACCCUCUGUCCAGAGGGUGACAUUGACAUUUUGCUGGACAAAUUUCACCAGGAAAAUCAAGGCCAUAUUUCUUCCUCACUCACUGCCUCUUCUGUCACUAAAGCAGCAUCCCUGGAUGUCAGUGGGACACCGGUGUGCACAAGUUACCAUCUGGAGCCACACAGCAUCCGACCCUUCCAGCUGGCAGUGGCGCAGAAGCUCCUCUCCCAUGUGUGUUCCAUUGCGGAUUCCAGCACCCAAAAUCUGGACCUGGGAUCCUUUGAGAAGGUGGACUUUCUCAUUUGCAUUCCGCCCUCAGAAGUGACCUACCAGCAGACUCUGUUCCACGUGUGGCAUUCAGGGGUUUUACUGGAGCUUGGUCUGGAGAAAGAGCACAUGACGAAGCAGAGGGUGGAACAGUAUGUCCUGAAGCUAGACGCGGAGGCACAGACAAAAUUUAAGGCUUUUCUGCAAAACUCCUUCCAGAACCCGCACACACUUUUUGUCCUCAUCCAUGACCAUGCGCACUGGGAUCUUGUGAGUAGCGCUGUUCAUAACCUCUAUUCUCAAAGUGACCCGUCGGUGGGAUUGGUGGACCGAUUGCUCAACUGCAGGGAGGUGAAGGAGGCCCCUAACAUUGUGACACUUCACGUGACCUCCUUCCCGUAUGCACUGCAGACACAGCACACCCUCAUCAGCCCCUACAAUGAGAUCCACUGGCCCGCCUCCUGCAGUAAUGGAGUGGACUUAUAUCAUGAGAAUAAGAAGUACUUCGGGCUGUCGGAGUUUAUUGAAUCCACCCUUUCAGGGCACAGCCUCCCCUUGCUCAGAUACGACAGCUCCUUUGAAGCCAUGGUCACUGCAUUAGGAAAAAGAAAUUUCCUUUUGAUGUGGCAGAAAAUCGAGGAUGUGGAGUGGAGACCCCAGACUUACUUGGAGCUGGAGGGUCUGCCUUGCAUCCUGAUCUUCAGUGGGAUGGACCCGCACGGGGAGUCCUUGCCGAGGUCUUUGAGGUACUGCGACCUGCGAUUGAUAAACUCAUCCUGCUUGGUGAGAACAGCCUUGGAGCAGGAGCUGGGCCUGGCUGCCUACUUUGUGAGCAACGAGGUUCCCUUGGAGAAGGGGGCUAGGAACGAGGCCUUGGAAAGUGAUGCAGAGAAGCUGAGCAGCACAGACAACGAGGAUGAGGAGCUGGGGACAGAAGGCUCCACCUUGGAGAAGAGAAGCCCCAUGAAAAGGGAGAGGUCCCACUCCCACGACUCAGCAUCCUCGUCCCUCUCCUCCAAGGCGUCCGGUUCAGCGCUCGGUGGUGAGUCCUCGGCUCAGCCCACAGGGCUCCCCCAGGGAGAGCAUGCCAGGUCGCCCCAGCCCUGUGGCCCCACAGAGGAGGGCAGAGCCCCUGGUGAGAAACAGAGGCCCCGGGCAAGUCAGGGGCCACCGUCGGCCAUCAGCAGGCACAGUCCUGGGCUGAUACCCCAGCCUGACUGCAGUCUCAAGACCAGCCAGAGGAGCGUCCAGGUGUCGGUCACCUCGUCGUGCUCCCAGCUGUCCUCCUCCUCGGGCUCGUCCUCCUCAUCCGUGGCGCCUGCUGCCGGCACGUGGGUCCUGCAGGCCUCCCAGUGCUCCCUGACCAAGGCCUGUCGCCAGCCGCCCGUCGUCUUCUUGCCCAAGCUCGUGUACGACAUGGUUGUGUCCACUGACAGCAGCGGCCUGCCCAAGGCUGCCUCCCUGCUGCCCUCCCCCUCAGUUAUGUGGGCCAGCUCUUUCCGCCCCCUGCUCAGCAAGACCAUGACGUCCACUGAGCAGUCCCUCUACUACCGGCAGUGGACGGUGCCCCGGCCCAGCCACAUGGACUACGGCAACCGGGCCGAGGGUCGCGUGGACGGCUUCCACCCCCGCAGGCUGCUGCUCAGCGGCCCCCCUCAGAUCGGGAAGACAGGCGCCUACCUGCAGUUCCUCAGUGUCCUGUCCAGGAUGCUUGUUCGGCUCACGGAAGUGGAUGUCUAUGACGAGGAGGAGAUCAAUAUCAACCUCAGAGAAGAAUCUGACUGGCAUUAUCUCCAGCUUAGCGACCCCUGGCCAGACCUGGAGCUGUUCAAGAAGUUGCCCUUUGACUACAUCAUUCAUGACCCGAAGUAUGAAGAUGCCAGCCUGAUUUGUUCACACUAUCAGAGUAUAAAGAGUGAAGACAGAGGGAUGUCCCGGAAGCCGGAGGACCUUUAUGUGCGGCGUCAGACGGCACGGAUGAGACUGUCCAAGUACGCAGCAUACAACACUUACCACCACUGCGAGCAGUGCCACCAGUACAUGGGCUUCCACCCCCGCUACCAGCUGUAUGAGUCCACCCUGCACGCCUUUGCCUUCUCUUACUCCAUGCUAGGAGAGGAGAUCCAGCUGCACUUCAUCAUCCCCAAGUCCAAGGAGCACCACUUUGUCUUCAGCCAACCUGGAGGCCAGCUGGAGAGCAUGCGACUGCCCCUCGUGACAGACAAGAGCCAUGAAUAUAUAAAAAGUCCAACAUUCACUCCAACCACUGGCCGUCACGAACAUGGGCUCUUUAAUCUGUACCAUGCAAUGGAUGGUGCCAGCCAUUUGCAUGUGCUGGUCGUCAAGGAAUACGAGAUGGCGAUUUAUAAGAAAUACUGGCCCAACCACAUCAUGCUGGUGCUCCCCAGUAUCUUCAACAGCGCUGGAGUUGGUGCCGCCCAUUUCCUCAUCAAGGAGCUGUCGUACCAUAACCUGGAGCUUGAGCGGAACCGGCAGGAGGAGCUGGGGAUCAAGCCGCAGGACAUCUGGCCUUUCAUCGUGAUCUCUGAUGACUCCUGCGUGAUGUGGAACGUGGUGGAUGUCGACUCUGCUGGGGAGAGAAGCAGGGAGUUCUCCUGGUCGGAAAGGAACGUGUCUUUGAAGCACAUCAUGCAGCACAUUGAGGCGGCCCCCAACAUCACGCACUACGCCCUGCUGGGCCUGCGGAAGUGGUCCAGCAAGACCCGGGCCAGCGAGGUGCGAGAGCCCUUCUCCCGCUGCCACGUGCAUAACUUCAUCAUCCUGAACGUGGACCUGACCCAGAACGUGCAGUACAACCAGAACCGGUUCCUGUGUGACGAUGUAGACUUCAACCUGCGGGUGCACAGCGCCGGCCUCCUGCUCUGCCGGUUCAACCGCUUCAGCGUGAUGAAGAAGCAGAUCGUGGUGGGCGGCCACAGGUCCUUCCACAUCACGUCCAAGGUGUCCGAUAAUUCCGCGGCGGUCGUGCCGGCCCAGUACAUCUGUGCCCCGGACAGCAAGCACACCUUCCUCGCGGCGCCCGCCCAGCUCCUGCUGGAGAAGUUCCUACAGCACCACAGCCACCACUUCUUCCCGCUGUCCCUGAAGAACCAUGACCACCCAGUGCUGUCUGUCGACUGUUACCUUAACCUGGGAUCUCAGAUUUCUGUUUGCUAUGUGAGCUCCAGGCCCCACUCUUUAAACAUCAGCUGCUCGGACUUGCUGUUCAGCGGACUGCUGCUGUACCUCUGUGACUCUUUUGUGGGAGCUAGCUUUUUGAAAAAGUUUCAUUUUCUGAAAGGUGCGACCUUGUGUGUCAUCUGUCAGGACCGGAGCUCACUGCGUCAGACGGUUGUCCGCCUGGAGCUCGAGGACGAGUGGCAGUUCCGGCUGCGCGAUGAGUUCCAGACCGCCAAUGCCAGGGAAGACCGGCCGCUCUUCUUUCUGACCGGACGACACAUCUGAGGAAGACAGCGGCGAGUUUUCUGGAAGAGAUGAGUGCUCAGAGCCCUCAUGCUGUUGAGGCUAAAGGGAGGCCUGGAACUCUGGGGUGUUUGACUGGAAUGGACCCCAGGGACUGUCUGCAGCGCAGCCCCUCAUAGUACACGUGGGCCCCUGAGGCUGUGGUCCUGGGAACCAGGAAAAGACUCCGCAAUGGGUGGGAAUGAAAACUUGAGACUCCCAAGUUCUGGGCCAGCCCAUUGCCCACGGCUGUUUUAAAGCCUGUUUCACGAGGAACAAAUAUUUGCUUCCUGUCCUGACAUUCGUGUGCUUCCAUGGACAAACCUAAUUUUUUUCUCUUAGUUCUAAAGAAUCUUGGGUUAUUUUGUAGCAGUGCCAGUAUUUCAGUAGAUGGGAUUUCAGCCAAGUAGGUUCCCCUGUAACCUCCUACAAAGCAAUAUUCCAAAGGAACAUUUUAACUGUAAAGGCUGGAGACAAGAAAAAAUAAGUAGAUCGUUUUAAUAAGAAUUAUUUAAUUGCCUGUAAGUUUGCUGUUUCAGAGGCUAGCCCAAAGGCAUCAAAUUUAAUAAAGUUAAACAAAUUGAUUUACUUCAGAGCAAAUAUGAUCCUAUUAAAAUAAUGUAGGGUAAAUACCCUACCUCUUAGAAAGGGCAAAAAUGCAAAGAAGCUUUCUUUAAAACUAAAAGGGUUUUUUUUGGGGGGGGGUGUUGGGGAGGAGGAAACGAGGCUAACAGAGGUUGACCUAAAAUUUGCCUUACAAAGGAGAAAGGACCACAUUGCUUACUUGAAACAAACAAUGAAAACAACCAAAAAACAAUGAAAACAACCAAAGUGAUAUAUAAAAUAGUUGAUGAGAACUAGACUUAUGACUGUAAUUUACUAGAGUUUAGUUUUCAGUUCCUGAAGUAGCUCAUUUUCUCUUACUGAUGUUUGGUUCCUCAGGAAGAAUCUCGCUUGACUAGAGAGGAGGUGGGAACAGAAGAGAGGAGGCAGGGAGAUGGAUUUCUUAGGGCUCACCCCUUCACAGGCUGACAGAAUGGUUUUUUUUU